UAACUUUCACACUAACACUAACAAACAAUCACAACUCCCCAAUCGCCAUGCCUAUUGCUAUCGAUGACUCUUUCAAGCAACCAGGUUCUGUUCCAUUCAAAUGGGAGAUUCGACCCGGUGUCCCCAAGCUCCACAACCACCACCAACCACCACCGUCAAACUCAAACCACCGCCCUUCAACCCUCAAGCCACCACCCUCCUCCCUGAUCUCCGCCUCCCCACGAACUCAAUCCAACCGAUUCCAUUUUGAUAAGCCGCCACCACCCAUGAUUGGACGUCAACCCGAGGUCGUAUCAUUGGGUUGCUUUCAACCCCGGAAAGGAGGCCAAAUUAGAAAAACCAACAAGCUCCAUGCAGACACAGUCUAUAAAUCAGACAUCGAGACGCUGUCUCAAUGGUCUGUGUCGACUCAGAACUCAAGAUCGCCGUUUUACAACUCAUCACCACCGUCUUCUUCCUUCUCGUCCUACCGAUCAUCACCGGUGAUGAUGGCAAGUGAUGUGGAAUGGGCUGGGUACGGUUUGUUUUAAGUCGCAAGUAAUUAAUGUUCUUUAAUUUAGUAGUAAAUACGUGCAUCUCAAAGAAUAUUGUAUGGUAUAAGUUAUAACAGAACAAUCAUGUCGAUUGAUUAUUGUAACUGUAAUCAAGAUUUUCUUCGAGUGUGGAAAUAAAUGUCUUUCUUCAUGAGGGUAUA